GCUAGUGCGCCUCAGGCAGCGUUUGCUGUUACCUAUCGGAACCGCUUUUCUUCUUUAGACUCUUGUUCUCAUUUCUUUUAACAAUUGCCAUCCUGCUCUGGGAGAAACGCAGGUAGAAGAAGAAAGCUGUACUCUUGGAAGAUGAAGAUUCUUUGGGGAAUUCAUUCUAAUGCACUGGCAUAUUCCAUGACUACCUUAGGUGCUGGAAUGAUGAACAGCAUUUUUAAUUUCUACUACGUUAAGCUUUUCCUAAACCGAUACAAAAUUUCAGAAACAGCAUUUCAUAUAGCACAGGUUGUGUUCAUGGUGUGGAACGCUAUCAAUGAUCCCCUUUUUGGGUACAUUCAAGACAACUCCAGGCUGAAGUGCUGCGCCAGGCGCCAGUUCUCGAUUUUAUACGGAGCCCCUUUGUACGGCUUGGCCUUCCUGCUGCCGUGGUUCCCCUGGAGGCACUAUGAGGAGGGGGACUGGGUGAGCGGCCUCCACCUCACCGUCGCGCUCUGCGCCUUCGACGGGCUGCUGACCUUCGUGCUGCUGGCGCAGUGCGCUCUCUUCGCCGAGAGCUCCCCCAGGCACGAGAGCAGGCUGCGCCUCAUCAAGUACAACCAAGUGGCGACGCUGAUCGGAUCCACGAGCGUUCUCUUUUGUGGGCUCCUAUCGGAUAACAUGGAAAAGUUUGCUUAUUUUCAGGCUUUCACCGUUUUGAUCGCGGCGCUAGCGACAGCCUGUAUGUGUUGCACAGGUAAAUACAGCACAAGUCAAUACGAGCGCAGAGAAAUUCAUACAGAGGAUGCUAAUCUGGAAAACAGUGAUGGAGCCUUCUCCUUGGCCUCAGUAGUUUCACUGACCAAACAGAUCAUGACAGAGAAGAACUUUCUAUGUUUUGUAACAAUGAACUUCUUCCAAGUCUUCCACCUAGCGUUCUACAACAAUUUUAUGAUGAUCUUUGCGGAUAAUCUUAUUCCUAAGGACGUCCUUUCUUCCUCAGUAAGAAGUAUCAUGUAUGGAGCAGGUUUUAUUUGUCCUCAGUGCCUUGUUCUUCUCAGUCAUGCUUCAUUGAAGAAGUUUGGUUAUUACAGAAUCAUCUUGUUUUCCUUUUACUAUGAAGGAGUAGCUGCUGCUGUCAUGUGUCUUCUAGGGCAAGAACACUAUUAUCUGCUGGCAUUUUAUGUCACAACAAACAUGGUAAUUGUGCAAGCUUCAUUUAGCUUGUUCAAUUUGCCUUUGGCAGAUAUAAUUGAUGCAGAUUUAACAAAGCACAAGAGGAGAUUACCACUUUCCUCUAUGGUUUUUGGUACCAAUGCUUUAUUUACCAAGCCUGCCCAAUCUUUGGCUCCAAUGAUUGUGGUUACAAUACUAAAUCAUUAUGGAUAUUAUAACCUGAAUAAUGUACCUGGUCAUCCUGAUAUAAGCAGGUCGUUUUUAGAUCUCCAUGAUGCCAUGUUCUACCUGGUCUGUUUGGUUCCCCUCUGCAUUGCAGUCCUACAGAUCCUGACCUGGACUCCCUUUUCCAUCCAGAACAGCCACCUGGCAGCUCCACAGUAA